AUGUUCUCGAUGAAUCAAGUGGUUGUGUGUGUGUGGCUGGUUGUUUGGUUGGCUGGUUUGUUGGUUUGUUGGUUGGUUGGCUGGUUGGUUGGUUGGCUGGUUGGCUGGUUUGUUGGUUUGUUGAUUUGUUGGUUGGUUGGUUGGUUGGUUGGCUGGUUGGUUGGUUGGCUGGUUGGCUGGUUUGUUGAUUUGUUGGUUGGUUGGUUGGUUGGUUGGCUGGUUUGUUGGUUUGUUGAUUUGUUGGUUGGUUGGUUGGUUGGCUGGUUUGUUGGUUUGUUGAUUUGUUGGUUGGUUGGUUGGUUGGUUGGUUGGGAUGUGUUCGCUUGCUACGGAUUAGAUUUAUUUUCGGCUGUCCUAAUUAUGGUUGAUCAGGGACUAAAUUCGGCAUUGUUUUUGUUGCAUUAUACGAAUCAUGUUACUAAGACGUAUGAUUAUUACAGAUCCUAUGAGGUUGCAACUAGUGGCGCAUCAGAAAAAACAAGAGAAACUACUCCCGUUUAUCGUUAA